GUGGUAACUAUGGCUACCAGCCUCCAACUAGUCCGUUAGCUUUGUUUCUAGCUCUCCUGAUAACUUAUUUCAGCGUCCGGCAAAUUCUCCUUUUUUAUUUAUUUAUUUAAGUUUUCUUUUUAACAAACGUUAUGUGACUGAUGUUUUAGCAACGUGUCGUGACCAUUUUCACCCCACAAACGAGUGAGAAUGAGAUAUGAAGCGGGGAAUAUAAUUAUGGUGAGUUGUUAAUCAGGGUGAUUAACAACACAAGUUCCAGAUACAUGAGUUCCAGAAGCUCUACAGAGAUGGGGGAUGUCUUGGCGAAUGAUCUCCUACUGAUGAUCAGAGAAUACCUGAAGUUCUGUGAGCUGGAGGAAACAGUGAAGAUCUUUGAGAAGGAAUGCAAGAGCAAAGGAAAACCUGUGCCAAAAAUCUGCAGCAGUUCACCUGAAAACUCCAAAGCAUUAACAAUACAGAACGAUCUGCUCUGCAUGUUUGAUGAUGGAAAGAUGAAGGUUUUCUUUGAGCUAUGGACAGAAAACCUGCCUGCACAUGUACGUGACAAUGACCCCACUGUACAGAAACUGGAGUUCUACCUGCACAUUCACUUUUCCAUUUAUCCACUGAAGAACUCUGUUGGAAAGCAGGAUAAAGCCGAAUUUGAGGAGCGGAUCAGUCAUUUUAAACACUUCUUGGAGACGAGAGGAGCAGUGCUGAGCCAUACCACUGAGUUCCUGCCAUUUUAUGCUCUGCCUUUUGUUCCCAAUCCUGUAGCGCAUCCGUCCUUCAAGGAGCUUUUCCAGGACUCCUGGACUGUAGAUUUAAGAAAAAAGCUUGAAACGGUGUUGGUCUCCUCCCUGAAAGCAUCCGCUACACCAAAGCUGCUCAUGCUACACAGAGAGAGCACAAAAAGCAACAGAGAACUGACGAAGCAGCUAGCUGAAGCAGAGAAACAGGUUUCAGCAUACAUGAAGAAGUUCAGUAAGAUCCAGGCUGAUUAUCACAACCUCAUCAGCGUGACCGCUGAACUGGUAGACUCACUCGAGGCUACUGUGAAUGGGAAAAUGAUUUCCCCAGAGUAUCUACAGAGUGUGUGUGUACGCCUCUUCACUGGACACAUGAGCCAGAGUGUCGCUCAGAGCAUCGAUUUUACACGACCUGGAACAGGAUAUUACUCUAUGACUCCUUAUGAUGAUGGAUAUGCCUCGUCCAUGUUACGAGCCUCCAUUGCAGCACAGAGGAGUAAAGACGUCCCAUUGCUGCCCUCGCUGGACUAUGACAAGCUGAAGAGGGAUCUGAUCAGUGGAUCAGACAGACUGAAAGCUCUGCUGCUGCAGGCCCUGCGCUGGAGGUUGACGCGCUCAGUACAGGGUGAGCAGAGAGACACGGUUCUACAGGCUUUCAUCAGCAAUGACCUGUUAAACAUCUGCACCACCAAACAGAAAUCUGUGGUUCACCUCAUCAAAUCGAAGAAUGAUUCAGUGAGGCAAUACACAGCACGUCUCCUUAACACCUUUGCAUCUUUGUCUGAGGGUCGAGUGUAUCUGUCGCAGUGUUCCUUUCUGCUGAAGAUGUUAGUUGAAUGUUUGCAGUCGGAGGAGAAGGACUUCGUGACCGAAGAGAAAGUGUUGGGAGCGCUGCAGAAACUUAGUCUCAGGCGGGUCCAUCAAUCAGCUCUUAUCAGACUGGGUCUUAUAUCCUGGUUGAUUAAUGAGCUACAGGACGCAGACUCUUUAUCAGAUUACACAGUGGAGUAUGCUGUAUCUCUGCUGAUGACCCUCUGUCUGCGAACUCAGGGGAAAAAAAAAUGCACAGAAAAGGCCAAACACAUCCUGAAGGUUUUGUCUGACCUUUUGGGACACGAAAACCAUGAGAUCCGGUACUAUGUAAAUGGAGCUUUAUACAGCAUCCUCAGUGUCCCAACAUUACGACAAGAGGCCAAAGAAAUGAGUUUGGAGGAAAUCCUGCGCUGUUGCAUGAAAGAGGAAAAUCCUGAACUGAACAGACAGAUGGAGUUCAUCAUCAAACAGCUCAACUCAGAGGACACACCCAAAGAGGAGCUGGAAUCAGGGGAUGAAGGGGAGGAUGAAGAAGAUGAGGAGGAUGUGGUAGAGCCGGAUCUGGAUAAACAGGAAGAUCUCGAGCCCCAGCCUAAAGAGCUCACUGGAGAACACUUACUGACUACAGAGUAUCUGGGAAUUAUGACCAACAUGGCAACGGUGAAGAGAUGGAGUGUGCGUGCCUCUCAGAGCACAGAUGAGCUUCUCAUGAGCCCCGAUACAACCAACUCACACAGAAACUCUGUGGCUGCCCCUGACAGACUUGACUCCAACUACUUCAACUCUCGCCCUAGUACCAGCGACUCCAUCCGUCGUACACUAGAUUCCGUCUGGCACUCAUCUCAGGAAUCAUUAGGAUCGGAAGUGACCACUCAACCACACAGUGAUGUCACCAGCAGCUUAACUGGCCGGCCAACAACCCCGCGCUCAACUGGCGCUGACAUGGGGGGCGGGGCCCUGUCGAAACUCCGCCCGCUCGGCCCACAUUUCUCCCACAGUGAACCACAACAGAGCGUCAUCAAACCAAACAGCUCUACACACACAUCAUACAGUGAGACAACGCACACAUCACGCAGUGCGCAAUCUAACAGGAAGUGAAGAGAGGUUCUGCUGACGGACCUGCAGCUUCCUGUCCACUCUGUCCUGAAGACGAGGAAAGAGUGGACAAUAGCAUGAGUUAUAUUCCUAUUCCAAUAUUGCUAUUGUCCACUCUGUCCUCUUCUUCAGGUGCACAAUCUAACAGGAAGUGAAGAGAAGUUCUGCUGACGGACCUGCAGCUUCCUGUAACAUCACACCUCCUUCUUAGUAGGCCAAGAUGAAUGAAUGCAGGAGGAACAAAGAUUGUGUUUGUGGACUGCGUGCUGUUUCAGGCUGACUGAGCCCCUGUGUAACCCAACACCACAAUAACACCUUUAUUAUCAGGGCCAUAGUAUCCGCCCCCUCACCUUCACUGUGCUCACUCCUCACACUACAGAGCUUCACGUCACCUCAUCACUCGUCAUGUAAUAAAAGGUUCAUUUAGAAUCUUAUGCUGUACUUUUUUUUUUAUCUUAAUGUUUUUGUUUGUUUGUUUGUUUUGUUUGCCUCACAGUUGAUUUUUUAUUUUAUUUUAUCUUUAAUGGUUUUUUGUACUUUUUCUGACAUAAGAGUUUAGCUUCUACAGUAUGUAAUGUUUUCCUUUUAGAUCACAUUGUGCUGUUCAUCUUGGUCAAAAUUUAAAUGUCCACAAACAUCUGUGGACGUUUGAACUCUUUUUAAAAUUGAAAACAUUUCAAUUAAAUCUUUAGUUUAUUCUUCAUUGCAGCAGUGUUUUAACAUUAAAUUCAGAUUUGAAUGACUCUAGUAGUUUAGUGAAUUAGUUCCGGGUUUGUUCCUGUUUUAUUAAUGUAGUAGUAGUAAAUUAUUUGUUAGAAAUUUAACAGUGAAAUGACUUUCAGCGCUUCAACUAUACAUUAAGCCAACAUUUUAAACAAUAAUCAAAAUUCUCAUUAUUUAAGACAGAUCCAUUGUUCAGACAUUAUCUUUAUUCAAAUGUUUUUAUUGAACCUUCAUUGUGCUUGUGUUAAAACUGACUAUAUGGUGUAUCAAUAUAUUUUUGCUGGACAUUGUGAUAUGAUUAUAUCUGUGAAAAUUAGAUAAGUUUACUGUAAUGGUCCGAGGUACUUUUUGCUAAUUGAAGUUAUGGUUU